GUAUUUUCACGGUCAUUGUUAAGUGUACUCGUGUAUUUGAGAAAGUAGCACAUUCCGCAUAAGAAUAAGUGUGUGUGAAAAGAAAUACAAUAGUCAUCUACGCGCAACAAAAUUAAUAAAAAGUAAAAGCCAAACUAAUAUUAUUCCGUGUAGCAUAGUUAUAAAUUAAAUACCUUCAAAUUUCAAUUAAAUUCAUUAUAAUAUAUCUUGAAAAAAUGUUUUGCUCAAAUAACUGUGUACUAUAUCUCAUCAUUACGUGCAGCAUUCACCUUCGAUAUGCAAGUGCAGAGACUGAAAAUAUACUGAAGCCGCAAUCGGACAAUAAGCAAAUUUCUAGAGAUGAAAUUCUAAUCAUUGACGAAACUUUUUUCAAUAAAGGAAGUAUAAUCUAUGCCCGUUGCGGUAAAAAUUCAUCGGACAUUAUCCAGUGUAACAUCGUGGAACAGAAUUAUGUUAAUGAAAAUGGAAAUGUUGUAAAUGGGUUGCUCAGACCAGCUCGGCAUUGCUCAUAUCUCAUAAAUGAUGAUCAUGACUUAUCGAAAUUAAACAUUCGUGUUACUGCCAUUUACGACACAGUUGUUCUUUCUUGGGGUAACGACACCGUUAUGGGUGUCAUGAACAUGAAGACUUGUGCAAUGAAUCAACUAUAUGAAAAUAAAAAAAGCUAUUUCCCAAAUAAGAUUGUUCCACGCGUUGAUGGUUCGUUCGAUGUUUUCUUCAAGAGUCCAGCAAAUUGCGGAAAAAAACUUUGCGUGAUACAUUUUGCAGACGAUGGUACGAUAAAAAACCAACCGGUUGCUUCUAAUCUAACCGGCGGAUUAAUUUAUUAUAUAUCGUUAAUCGCUACACAAUCAUCUUCGGAAGCAUACGUGUAUCUAAAAAAGAAUGAAAUGGAUUUUGCUCUUUUACUUGUGAAAGACGAUGGGACAGAAAAGCAAUUAAUAAAAUACGAUAGUACCGCAUGUUCCGCUGUUUCGGCAAGUAAAAACACUGUGACUGCAUGUAUUAAAUCUAAUACAGAUAGUGACGUAACUUGUACACAGUACGAUGGAGACGGCAACAUCAAGUUCACUACAACCGUUGCGAAUGGGAAUGAAAAGAUUCAACCUAAAGUUGUAUACAACUUACCAAAUGGAGGUAUGCUUGUAAUGCUUGCCGUUUUAAAGAAGUCGGAUAAAAAAUCGAGCCACAAUAUCGAGAAUAAAUACUAUUUGGUGAAAAUUGCCGCUGAUGGGAAAAUCAUGGGUACUACGCAUAUUGAGGAAAUUAAUGAUGUUGUUAGUGAAUUUAAGUAUGCACACAUUUGUAGAAAUGGCGAUACUGGAUACUGUGCCAUAAUUAUUGGUCAACGAACAAUCAACGAUGUGUUGAAACCAAAUGAUAGCGCAAUUCUUAUUAAAUGCUUUAAUGGCUUUGAUUUUUUUAUUUAAAAAAUUUGAUGGUAUUUCAGUUAACACAGUAUGAUUAUAAAAUUUAAUCAUGUUCAAUAAAAAACAUGACAGUGAUCAGCAUAUCUUAUAAUAUAAUGAAAAUUAUAGUUUGUAUUGUUAUUAAUUUAUCUAAUUGAAGUGCAAUUAUAAUUAUUUAUCAUAAACAUAUCCUGAAAGCAAUUAUUUAUUUAACGAUCUACUGUCAUUUAUAGAAAUAUACAUUAGUUUCAAAAAUUAGGGUGAUUUUUAAACACUUGAAUAUGAGGAAUAAUACAAUAACCCUCAUGCACGAGAAAAAUAAAAAAGCAGGAAAAAUGUGGAAUCAAGAGAAUAAUUGUCAAGGAUGUAUCUUCAGGUUUAUGGCUCCAAAGAAAGACGCCAUGGAAAUUAACUUUCGGUACCAAUUAUUUAUUUGAGUAUAAUGCUUCGGGUUAAUGUUUGGUGAUGGAAGAUUUAUUUUCAUAUUAUUAAGGAUAUUCUGUACUUGAAAAAGAUUGUCAUUCAUAAAUUGUACGGAUUUUUAAGUAAUAAUUCACGUUUAUUUUGACCUAAUAAAACAUGUAAUACGUGCAAAAUUAAUCCCGUAGCAAAUUCUAAACCACCCGGACUACUUAUCGAAAGCUUUAUCAAAUAACGUCAUAUUAUUUGACGAAACUAUUAGUGAUAGAAUUUCAAUCGUCAUGAAGUGGAAACUAAUUAGUCUAGAAGGAGAUAGCGAUAAAGUCGACGUCAUGUAAAGGCUAAGCAAAACUAUUUAUCUGAGUCAGUCAAAGUUGACCAAGCAAAAAAUCGUACAGACUUUUAUUUCUUGGAGCAGAUGUGUGUGUACAAAUCGCAAUAUUAUACAACUGCAGACGUCAUUUUAUCUUAAUGAAUUUUUCUAUUUUUUUCCAAUAAGUUGAUAUUUUAUAAGCUCACAUAUAAGUUACAAAGUGAGUGAGUAGGUACAAAUGAUCAUUUUACAUUUUAUAUAAGCACAUUCAUAUUUUUAAUACUACUACUCAACCACAUUCUUCGUUGUUAUAAAGUGAGGUUUUCAUAACAACAAAUCAUACUCGAAUAUUUCAAUGGUAAGUCCAACAAUGUUGGGAAAUCAUAAUUAUCGCAGAUAAUUCAUCGUUGAUAGCGAAACAUCAAGUGUGAUUUUCUUUACCAAGGAGUAUUAAAGCAACUUGUUUUUUCGAUGUUUCUAUAUCAAGUGAAAUUGUAGCAUCCACGAUAUCAGUCGCAGGCCAACUCUUGUUGAGAGAAAUACUAAAAAUGUACUGUUUGAAAAACCUAGUUGUGAUCCUUGUGGUCGUAUGCUUUAGUCAGUAUAGUGAUGCAGCCGUGGAAGUAGUAACAAAGUCUCAAACCUUCGACGAUGGUAUCUUUUUCAACAAUGCAGAGUCAUUUUACAAUGGGAUUUUGGUAUACGCAAUAUGUGAUUCCAAUACUAGGAAUCUAACAAACUGCAAAGUUGUACAAGAGAAUUAUCCCUACAAAGAAGCCGCUUAUUCUUGCCUCGUUACUUUAGAAAAUAAUCAUCUGAAAGGCGACGGUGACCUUUUUGUUACCGUUACUGCUCUUGGUGACGGUAAAGCAGUUCUUUACUGGCGAUAUAGAAAAUUAGAAGAUUACUCGAUUAUCGUCAAUAUAGGCACCGUCGAUUUAAAAACCUGCAAGAUGAAUCGCAUCAUAGUACCUGAUGCCACUUCGCUCACGUACAUGUACCUCAGCCAUAACAAUAAAUUCGUGCCGUAUAGUGACGAUUCAUUUGAUAUAUUUUACCCUAAUCCGAAACGUCAUCCAGAAGAAGGAGAGUUGUACAAAAUACACAUCGAUGAAAAUGGCCGGAUGAUCAAUAAACCUGAGAGUGCUAAUGUAGAAGGUGGAAAUUAUUUUGAUGCGAUGACAAUUGCCACUCGCUCGCCUGCCAAAGGAUACGUAUUCGUGAAGAGAAAUCAAUACAGAAGUCGAAAGGAAUUCUCACAACCUAUAAUAUUACAUUUACUGCUUGUGAAACCCGAUGGAACAAUGAAGCAUUUAGCAGAGUAUAAACGUAAUUCGCGUGGUACUGUUGCGGCAGGAAACAAUUUCAUCAGUUUAUGUUACAAAUCAGAAGAUAAAGGCCAUAUCGUGUGUACGCAAUACGAUGAAUACGGACGUGUAAUAUUCACGACGACCUUGGCUGCUAGAGGCGUUGAUAUCGACAUUAUAAAAUCCUAUAAUCUACUCAACGACGGAAUGUUGGUAAUGUACGGUCCGAAAAGCAAUCAACCGAAGGGCAGCCGUAACAGGAUUGGAUACGAAGUUGUUUGGAUUGAUUUCGACGGAAAAGAAAAGGGUAGAAUGCACACUCAAAAGUCCGAGAUACCCAAGGGCAUGGUUGCAACGCCGUAUAUUUAUGAAAACGGAAACAAAGGGUAUUGCGCUACUGUUAUCAUCAAUAACGAAUAUUCUUCUGGUGAGGUACCGAUGAAUUUAAAUGUUGUUGCCAACUGUUUUACUUUCAAUGAUUUGCUAGUUUAAGGAUAGACUAUAAAAAAUAUUAAUUCUAAAUACUUCAAAUGUAUAGUGAAGUAAAGUGUACGAAAUAAUUUAUUUCUGAUUCCGUUAGAUUGUUUGUAACUGAAUUAAUUAAUAAAAUAAAAUUGCCGGAACACGAAAAUUUUGAAGAAUUUUUGAAAAUUUAUAUUUUUCUACAAAGAUUUAGUACUUUUUUUUUUGCCUACCUUGUAUAAUUUAUUAAUAGAUCUAGUUUCAGAUUUUAACUGUUAGAUCCAAAGAAGCUGUAUCAGUAUUACUAAGAUGUAAAUAAUGUAUUUAUUUUACUGUAC